AUGACGCAACUCGACAUCUCCUCUCCUGGCCCAUCUCCGGUCUCGAGCUGCCAGUCUCGUGGAGUCUCCACCAGCCCGGCGUCUGGCGACGCUGAAUCGUGCACAGACCUUCUCACCGCUGAAAUUUAUUGUGCGCAGGCGGUGAAGGAGCCGAGCGGAGAACGCCAAGAUUUCCUCACCCCCAAAUUUUUCAUAGCGACUGCUCCGACUUGCCUCGAGAACAGCGUUCGAGAUCUUAUUCGGCAAAAGAUGGACGACAUCGAGGACAGAUUGCGCAGCCACGCGCAGGCUUUUGACGGAUUGCUCUCAUUGAUCCCCGCCAAAUAUUACUACGCCGACGAGAAUUCCAGUGAUCAAUGGAAACGGAAAAAACAGACUAAAGAACAAGCCCGUGAAGCCAAGCGAGCCAAACUAGACCCCGAAUCCGCUAAAACGGCCAAAGAUAUCAUGGAUGAACAAGCUCGCAAGCGGAAGCGUGAGGAUGGUACUCUGGAGAGCGACUCUUCCGACGGCGAGUUAGGCUCCGAGGUCCCGGGCGAGGGCCUCAAGCGAGGCGAAAAGGUCAAGAAACAAAAGCAGACCGAGGCGGACGCCUCGAAGCCCAAGUCGGAGGAGGCCGAGGCCCGCAAGAAGGCGAAGGAGGAGAGAAAGGAAAAGAAGAAGGCUGCUCAAAAGGAGAAGAAAAAGGCCAAGGAAAGUGCGAAGAAGGACAAGCAGCAACAGGUCGAGAAAUUGUCGACCACAGCGGAGGAGCAACCGAAGCCAAAUGAGGACCAGGUCGUUGAGAAGCCCACUUCUGCUGGUGACGACAACGAGGCGGAGAACGACGAAGACGACGUUGAGGAUGGAGUCGCCGAGGAAGGAUUUUCCGUCGAAUUCCACGAGGAACCGGAAGAGCCCUCAUCUGCCUCUUCCGCUCGCAACUCACCCAACACCUCCGUUCCCCAAUCUGCCACAUCUUCCAUAUCCUCAAUUGUGCCUCCUUCUACUUCCACUGGCGCCGAUGCCACACCAGCCGAGACCAAGGCGCUCAAGGCCACACCCGAGGAAUUGAAGCAGCGUCUGCAAAAGCGACUCGAUGAACUUCGCGCAAAGAGACAUGCCGACGGUUUCAACGGCAAGCCCGCACGUAACCGCCAAGAAUUAAUCGACUCACGAAGGCAGAAAGCCGAGCAGCGCAAGGCCCACAAGAAAGAAUUGCGCCAAAAGGCCAAGGAGGAGGAGCAGCGCCAGAAGGACGAGGCUAUGGCUCGUCGCUUUUCUCCCGGUGGCUCUGGAUCCCUGCUCGCUUCUCCUCGUUCCCCUGCUGAAUCCGUUGGCUCUGCCAACAACUUCUCAUUCGGUCAAGUCAUGUUCGCGGAUGGCCAAAUUGCCGAUCACUCCCUUACUGGCGUCCGCGAUAGCCACAAGACCCGUGGACCUCGUGACAAUGAUGCCGCCGCUCAACUGAAGCUCGCUGAGGCGAAAAAGGCUCGCCUCGCCGAGAUGGAUCCCGAGAAGCGGGCCGAGCUCGAGGAGAAGGAUGCCUGGUUGAAUGCCAAGAAGCGCGCACACGGCGAACGUGUACGUGACGACACCUCCCUCUUGAAGAAAGCACUCAAGCGUAAGGAGACCGCCAAGAAGCGUUCUGAGCGAGACUGGAAGGAACGAAUCGACACAGUAUCCCGCAUGAAGGAGCAACGUCAAAAUAAGCGCGAGGAGAACCUCCGCAAGCGCCGCGAAGAAAAGGGCACCAAGGGCAAGGGCAAGUCAAAGAAGCCCUCUGGUGGCGCCAAGAAGAAGGCUCGUCCCGGCUUCGAAGGCAGCUUCAAGGCCAAGGUCGGCGGCAAGAAGUAA